GUCCCCGAAAGUAUCGGCAGACUGUUCCCAGCCCCUUCCUCGCCUCCAUUUCUCUCCACCAUCUCAAUUACGAAUCCGGGCACAACCCGUUUUUCGCAUCCCUCUGUUCUCGAAUGCACAAUCGCUCCUAUUCUACCACCAGGGCCCCCAGCAUAUCUUAUUGUUGCCCCAGGUGCUUGUUAUUGUGAAUUGGCGAAGUGCGCGAUUUGUUCUUUGCGUUGCUACCAGUCACCGAGUUCCUGGCAACCACUUCGUGGCGGAACUCGAGAACCAUCCGAUCUCGUUCAACUCUCUCGAACACAGAACAACUCGCUUCAAACUCCACCAUUCUGGAACAGACUUCCUGAUCGCGAUUGUUUAUCGCGCGCGCCAUACCUCCCAGCUUCACCCGCCUAAUUGAGCAUUGCCAGAGCCAGGAGAAAAAAGGGAUCACGCGUUUAAAAUGGCCGGCACCAUGGAACCACUCGUUCCAUCAACACCUUCCCCGGGACCGACCUCGAAAAUUCGAACACCCACAGCGCCUCAACACGGCUACUCGGAUUCCUACGAACCCUACUCGCCCCGCAAAUCUAGUCGCAUCGCGCAGCGGGCCACAAACAGAACACCCUCUCCCCAACCUCCGCGACAUCGCGCAUCCCAUCAAACCGAAAACUCAACGGCUUCGCCCAAGUCAACCAAGAAGCGUUUUAUUUCCACCAUGGCGACACCCGCAAUUUCACCCCAAAAGAAGCGCAUGCCUCCGAUUGAUUCGGCUCGCAGGGCCUCGGGCACUCUCACCGCCGAAGGGACUGCGCACGCUGCAGUCGCUCUGGGAUUGUCGCCCGCGCCCACGCCCGCCCGCAAGCCAGAGUCGGUUUCAACUCGCAGAGGCGCAGCGGCUAGCUCUGGGAUGCUCAUGACACCGGCCAAGACCCCUCAGAAGCCGCCCAAUGAGAAGGUCAAGGCCAAAGUCAAGUCGGUCGCACGCAAUCUCUUCCACAGCGACGAGGAGGAAGCCAUGCCGAGCCCGCGGAAAACCCGCACACAGACCGACAACCCCGGCAGCUUCUAUAGCGGCGAUGCUGCGGAGACGUCGUUCCGGAUCUUCACCGAUUCCCACGAGCGCAUCCCCGAGGUCGACCACAGCGCCGACAACCCCUUCUACGUCGGCCCGAACCCCGCAACUCCCGAAGCACCGAGGCGCCGAAGCAAGCGCAACACCGUUUCUAUCCCCGGCGAGGGCAAGGUGCCGAUCGAUGAGGCUAUUCGCCGCGAUGACGGCAUGCUGAUUGUUUUCCGAGGCAAGAAGCAGUUCCGCAAAUUUACGGAAAUGGACGAGCCGAGCAUCCGCGACGGCCUGGACGAGGGCGAGGGUGGUCUGGAGAGCGCAGUCGAGUCCCCGACGAAGCAGCACUUUACCCGUUCCUCGAUCAAGCCCCGCCUGCUAUUCCCCACAGCCGACUCGGACGAGCCAAAGGAGUUCGACGAGGACGAGGAAGCGGCAACCGAUAUCGAAGACCACGUGUUGGCUGGUCUGGAGGCGGACAAGCCAGAGACCCCAGCAGAUCUGGUCGACGAGACACCCGGCACCCCGGCAGCCCCGCGGUACGCGCCCGCAUCUCCCCCGACAACGGUGCGCACCACGCGGUUUGGGAAGAGAAAUGCAGAGCCCACGCCGAAGCCAAAGCAGCCGAGCAAGCGCAGCCCGUUCGACAGCUGGCGCCGGGUGAAGGGCGGCUCUCAGAGCGCCGGCCACAAGCGGUCGGGCGACGACCUCACUGCGGACGCCCCUAAGCGCACCAGGGCCUAAUUAUGUUGUGUUGGAUUUCUGCCCGUACCGACGGGUGGCAUUAUGGAAGGUUGCGGCGGGCGGCGGGCUUUGACUCGGAGCGGGGAUGACUUCAUGGAUCAUUUUUUAUUUCUUCGGCGCGAUUUUUGGGCUGCAUUGAUUUUUACGGUGAACGGGGGUCUUGGUGGGGAAGAGGUUCGUGGACGCUGCUCAACUCGAUUCAGUUUUCGUUUUGCUCUCUUCAUGGUCAUCACUCUCAGUGGUCGAAAUUGAUCGGAAGCCAGAGGCAACGCGCUUGGACAGAAGAGUGUCUUCUUCAUGACCCUCCGGGAUGGAUUACGACUCGUCUGUUAAGAAUUAGGGAGAAUGCCUAGGUCGGAAGGGUUAGAUGGCCAGGUCGUUCAUGUUUGUAUUUAUCUCGGCACACUUGCCGCACCUAUAGUGCAGCCGUGGCAUCAAGUAAUACAUCAACAAUGAGGUAACAACCUUGG